AUGGAAUCAAAGUGGGCCAUGUUAAGGACCUCAGUUGUGGAGGUGGCUGCCCAGAGUUAUGGCCAGAAGGUCAUUGGUUCCUUCGACCCCAACAAUGGCUUGAACCCCUGCUUCAUCAGACUUUCACCCAGGUACAUCAGAUUCCCAUACAUCGCCAUCAAUCGAAGUCCAGAUCAAGUGGGACUUCCUGAAGUGCCCAACAUCCGUGCCUGCACUCUCAUCGGUGGGAAUCUUGCUUCCCUCCCCAAUACAAAAGUGUACAACUUCAUCAGAGCUAUCAUUCAUAGAUCAACUGGCAAACAUACAGUAACUUGGGUUGGAGGCUACGAUGCAGCAAAGGAGGGUUUGUGGCUGUGGAGCGAUGGCAGCAAGUUUUCCUUCAAAGGCUGGCAUCGUGGGGAGCCUAACAAUGCUGGUGGAGAGAAUUGCAUGGGGAUCAACUUCAGAGGACGAAACUAUGUCAAUGAUGCAAGGUGUAGACAAAAGAAGUCUUUUAUUUGUGCCAAGGCCCUGUGA